AUGUCCGUUGUCUUCCCCGGAGACUAUGUUCCUGCUCAACAUGUCAACCUUAAACUUGGGCCCGGCCUCUUGCAGACAUCCAGUAUAAAGUCAGAAAACACCGACUCCAAUGUGAUUGCGACUCGUGCAGGUAUACUCAAUCAUUCAGCAAAUCGCAGUAAAUGGUGGAUAGAAAGUAAUUCACGGCGCUAUGUUCCUGCUGCCCAAGAAUUGGUUAUUGGGUCUAUUAUACAAAAAGUUGGUGAAGGGUUUCGAGUAGACAUUGGCGCUGCCCACCCCGCGUCGUUAGACUCUCUUGCCUUCGAAGGUGCAACAAAAAGGAACAAGCCAAAUCUUAAAGUUGGAUGCCUUGUAUAUGCACGCGUUUCUCUUGCUCACAAGGACAUGGAGCCGGAAUUAGAGUGCUUUGACGCCCAAACACGUAAAUCUGAAGGAUUUGGCGAACUGAAAGGUGGUUUUGUUGUCCGAUGCAGUUUGAAAAUGUGCCGAGACCUAUUGGAUCCCAAACACUUUUUGCUCCCCCUUCUGGGAGGACGCUUUCCUUUGGAAGCUGCCGUGGGGGUGAAUGGAAGAGUUUGGGUAAGUGCAAAGGAAACUAAACAAACCAUAGCCAUCGCACGAUGUAUAGAAGCAGCCGAUCCAGAUGGAGGAAGCCUAGACGCGGAGGCAGUGAAGGAUUUCCUCAACACACUUGACAUUUGA